AUGCGAUCAAGAAGCAAGACGUGCACCUAUCCGAGGAAUCAAGAUGGUGCUGUCGACGCUACACCGCUUCCUCCUAUUCGCAAUGAACUUCGAAGGGAAGAGGUUACAGCUAAAUCCCCGAAUAGUGCUACCCUCAGCAUCACUGACGAACGCGGGGUCGGGUUCGGACACGAUGAGUUAUCGCAGCGCGACUUGUGGCAGUCAUCGUCGCUAGGCUCCCUUGCCCUCACGGUACCUCCGGGAAGUAACAUCGACUCGGCAGAAGCAACCUCUGCUCCCAGCAGCUCUCUCAUGCGAGAGGCGCAAAGAACAUCUCAUGUCAACAGCGACAAUACCCCGAUGAACAGCCAGCCAAAUAUUUCCGGUCUGCGUACAGCUUCUAACAUAUCCCCGUAUAUGGACACGUAUCCAAUAAGCGGUUUGAUAGUGAAGAAGCGCUAUGUCUCCCCGACGCAUUGGCUGUUCUGCUCCACGCUGUCACCCCAUGCUUUGGAUUGGCUUGAUCAGCAGGUCAAAAGCCAAGGGAGAAUUUGGCAGGAUAUAAUGACAUGCAAGCUGCUCUGUAGAUCGAUCAAAGCCGGACGGGUUAUCCCGUGGACGCAAGGGCAGUAUGGCGGGAGCUUACCGGCGAAGAACGUCGCGGACAAGUUAUUGGAUGCAUAUUUACGUACAUCGGAAUCCGUCUACCGGAUCAUCCAUGUCCCUACAUCCAAGCGCGCAUAUGAUGCUUUAUGGGAAAACUCGGGUCUGGCAAGUUCGGCACAUGUGGUCCAGCUGCAGCUUUGUCUCGCCAUCGGCGCUUGCUUCCAUGACGACGUUUUCUCGUUACGUCCACAGGCGCAGCAGUGGGUGAGAGAAGCAGAACAUUGGCUGAUAGCGUCAGGGAAGCUUCGGGCAACCGUCUUCGACGUUCAAACGAUGUGUUUAUUACAACUGGCUCGGCAAACUUCCCAGCAUCUACCAGAACAUCAGGUCUGGGCCAGCUCCGGUGCCUUGAUAAGGGCCGCUAUGUCCGUCGGGCUUCAUCGGGACCCGACGAAGCUGCUGAGCAUGCCUAUUCCAGAAAUCGAGAUGCGACGACGUCUAUGGGCAACGAUUAUGGAGCUCUCCUUGGACUCUUGCAUUGAUGCGGGGGGCCCUCCCAUGUUAUCGUCCGACGAUUUCGACUGUAUUUUGCCUUCAAACUUGAACGAUGAUGAAUUGGAUCUUGACAGCGGCGAGAAGAUUGCGCCACGUGAUCCAACAGAGUAUACCGAUACAUCAAUCCAGAUUGCAUUAGGUCGUACCCAGGCCAUAAGACUCUCCAUCGCCAAGUAUAUUAAUUCUGUAAGGGUGAAUCAUUCUCCCGAGGAGACGACGAGACUUACUUCCGAACUCAUGAGCGAGUAUCGCUCCUUAGCAAGACACUUACACUCACUAAAUCCACCACCUACCAAGUUCCAACAACAAUAUUGCGAAUUCGUACUUACCCGCUACAUAUUUGCCCUCCAUGUGUCCUACAUGCCCCGUGCUAUGAAAGACCCGGCCAAAUUUUACCGCUCUCGGACUCUUUGUAUGGACACAGCUCUGAGAUUCGCAUCCUUCUUUCUCCCGCUCACAUCCUCUCUCCAAGACCCUCUCAUAGCAACCAUGCAUGAAAUCCUCCCUUUCGAAGAACACAGUAGCGAUUUCGUCCGUCUUCUGAUCUGCGGCGGCGGUCCCUUCAGAUCGAUACCUUGGAAAGCCUUCACGAUCAUCGCAGCAGACCUAGCGGCGAUGCUACAUCAAGCAAACGAUACUUCCCCGUGGAUGACCGUAGUGCCGUUCAACCAAACGCAAAGCGGCAACAGAAUUCGCAGCAUCGAGCUAAUCACAUUGCUUCGGGAAGCGGUGAAGUUAACGAAGAAACGCAUCCACGCCGGCCACACCAAUGUCAAAGAUAUCGUCUGGGUUAACGUAAACCUCGCCGGGAUAGAGGCGGCGAUGGAAGGCACUUCAUCUGAGCAGGCUAUGGAUGCGAAGGGCAAGGAAACCUUGAGCGAAGCUAUCGGCCUUUUUCAGGAGAUGGCCGGCACAGGGACUGUUUCUUGGGACGACCCCCCUAGCUCGAGAGACGAAAGACUUUUAGCUGCUAGUGAGUUUUGGUCUAUGGGAUUUGCUGGUAGUAUAGAUUGGGAUACUGAUGUAGGUUGUUGA